CAAUAGGUAUGUUCGACCGCCUUGGAGCGAUUGGACUGAUUCAGUCCGACUUGAAUGUGACAUGGCGUCUGUGAAGAAAGUUCCCUGUUGAUUAAGCUUUGUUAAUGUUUAUUUUAUGACGUUGAUUAACAAAAAGGCUUUUAUAUAGGCCAAUAUAUAUCCCAGAGACUUGCAUUGAUGGUAAUGCAUGCAAGGAAACCGCAGCGCAUUAGCGAUGGGUACUUCGAGAAGCAUCAGGCCCAUCCCUAUCAGCAGAAUUCAAAAUAUGGCAAGAGUGGCCGAGGUGAAUACAGUGACAGAUACAUGCGAGAGUCUCCCAAUGGUAAUUCAUACAGAUCUGAUUCACCAGAAUGUGACUCUCCAAGAGAUCGUGAGAGAGACAAAGAUCGUGGGUACAAAUCUACAUACUUGCAGAAAAUCAGAGAAAAGGAGAGAGAUCGAGACUUCAAACGUGAAAAAUAUCCAGAAUGUGCACGUUCUCCCAAGGAAAAAAGACGAGAGCGCUGUAUGGAUUUGGAACACAGGACUAACCAUGAUCGAGGGGAUUGUAUGAGCUCAGUAGACAAAAUAUCUAAAUGUUCCGGCCGCAAUUCUGGUAAAGGUUCCAGUAAUGCAGGUUGUUUAGGAGAUAAGGGUAUGCAGCGCAAUAGCAGCGGGAAUUCGAGCGGAACUCAAAAUAAUCAGCCUCCUCUGGAUGACCGAGAGAGAGUUAUUAGGGUUGGCGACUGGUCUGAGCACCUCAGUUCAUCUGGUAAAAAGUAUUACUAUAAUUGUAAAACAGAAGUAUCCCAAUGGGAGAAGCCGCGCGAAUGGAUAGAGCGCCCUUGUGAGCGAGAUCGCGAUAGAGAGCGAGAGCGGGAAAGAGAACGGGAUCGCGAUAGAGAAAGAGAACGCGAAAGGGAAAGAGAGCGGGAGCGAGAAAGAGAAAGGGACCGAGAGCGGGAGCGAGAGAGGGAAAGGGAUAGAGAUAGAGACAGAGAUAGGUCAGAAAGGAAUGAGCGCGAUAGGGAAAGGGACAGAGAAAGGGAUAGGGAAAGGGAGAGAGAUAGAGAUAGAGGUCCAAGCUUAGGAGGAGGUGUACCAGGAGGUAGUCAAAGAACUAACAGCACCAGCAAGGACCAUCGAGAUGAUCGUGAGGCAAGGUACAGCAAUGCAGGCAGUAUCCGGAACGCUCAUGACAAACAUUCCAGCGCGCGUUUACGUGAAUGUAUUAGUCGCGGCGAAGCAGGCCUGGUUAGCAGGUCCCGAGGCAGUUGGUGCUCUACGGAUGUAACAGAUUCUCGAAGAAAAACUGAAGGAGAUAACACACAAGAUAUGGACAUUUCACCAGGUGACAGCACGCCUACAUCUGAAGCUUCCUAUGGCCAUUUAGGAACUCCUUCAAACAGGCAUUGUGGAAAUCCAGCAAAUGAUGGAACAAGCCAGCCAGGUAAUAUGAUAACUACAGUACUACCGAGAUUAUCUUCACAUCCCACGACGCCUUGUACAACGAGCACGGUGCAAAGAUCAUUUAGUAAAACCUCACAAUCACCAAAUUCAAGCAGUAUGGGACCCACCAUGAUGGCUGGAUCUAAUGCAAGCAAUCAAAUGAAUAGUGUGCCAGGGCCACCGAAUAAAUUGCCACCGCAAAUUAAUGCUUCUAGCAAGAGUACUGAUCAGCCAGAGAUGAACUCACAAAAAAUGCUGCAGGGCAUGCAGAAUAAUUUAUCACAGUCUGCAUGUACAAGUUUGAAAAUUGACACAAAUGUUGGAGUGAUUGGAGAUGGUCCCCCUACGCCGACGCAUUCAGAAAAUCCAGAUGCAUUAGAUAGAAUAAAAACAGAAAUCCCCAGCGUAAAUAGCGUUCCCAAUUUAAGUUCUCUGCAGGGAUUAUCACAAAGUUCUGCGGUCGGAAUGGGUAGUGCAUUAGCUGCUCUACGACCUCAAGGACCAAAUCUGACUCCCGGUUUAGCCAAUCACUGUCGGCAAGAUUUAUUAGGGCAUGUUCAAGGCUGGCCUGCUGAUGUAUUAGAAAAACAGUUUGAGAAAAUGAGUAAAGAGUCACUGACUAUGGGUAAUAUCCAAUGCACAAGGGUAUCUGCUGAUCUUAAAAUAGCUAGAAGUAUAGUUAGACUUACAGAAAUUCAAGCCACUUUACAAGAUCAAAGAUUGAUGUAUUUGAGGCAACAAAUUCAAAGACUCGAGGACCUAAAGUCGCAGAACUCUUUCUCCAAAAUGUCUGAAGACUUGUAGUGAUU